CAGUUCCGGGGCGGGGUGUCCGCUCUGGGUGUCCCCGGCCCGGCUUCCCUCUGUGGAGCGGUCUCAGCGGGAGCAGGGGGGCUAGCGGCGGUACCGGGGAGGGACCGGACUCAGGGCAUCAUGAGCGGAUCACAGAACAAUGACACCAAAAGACAGUUUCUUCUAGAGCGGCUACUGGAUGCAGUGAAACAGUGUCAAAUCCGGUUUGGAGGAAGAAAAGAAAUUGCUUCAGAUUCUGAUAGCAGAGUGACUUGCCUGUGUGCUCAGUUUGAAGCUGUACUACAGCAUGGUUUGAAGAGGAGCCGAGGAUUAGCAUUAACAGCAGCAGCAAUCAAACAGGCAGCAGGUUUCUCCAGCAAAACAGAAACAGAGCCAGUGUUUUGGUACUACGUAAGAGAAGUUCUGAAUAAACAUGAACUACAGCGCUUCUACUCUCUGAGGACUAUUACUACAGAUAUUGGCAGAGGCCGUGCCUGGCUACGCUGUGCAUUAAAUGAACAUUCUCUGGAAAGAUAUGUCCAUAUGCUGCUUGCAGAUAAAAAUCGACUUAGUGUCUUCUAUGAAGACUGGUCUUUUAUGAUGGAUGAAGAACGUUCUAGUAUGAUCCCUACGAUGGCAGCUGGUCUGAAUUCCAUUCUUUUUGCAAUCAACAUUGACAACAAGGACUUAAAUGGGCAGAGCAAAUGCACUCCUACCGUCUCUGAUCUCUUAAAAGAAUCCACGCAAAAUGUAACCUCAUUGUUGAAGGAAUCCACCCAAGGUGUUAGCAGCCUUCUAAGAGAGAUAACCACAUCCUCUGCUGUUUCCAUUUUAAUCAAACCUGAUCAAGACACUGACCCACUUCCAGUUCUAUCAAAGAAUGUUAGUGCUGAUUUAAAAUGUAGAAAAGAUCGAAAGAAGAAGAAAAGGGUGACACACAUCAUCUCAUUUGAUGAGGAGGAAGAUGAACAAAAUUUAGGAGAUACUUUAAAGACAGCAGUUGCAGGAGAAAGCUCAGAAGAGAACUCAGACAAGUCUUCAGCUUUUGUGUUACCUUCCUCUGAAGGCUCUCUUGUACAAAAUUUAAAUGGAAAUCAGAAUACCCAUUUGUGGAAAAGUGAUUCCAUGUUUUUGAAUGGAGAGUGUAGUUACCAGAAGCUUGAUGUGAAGAGUAUUGAUGAUGAAGAUGUGGAUGAAAACGAGGAAGAGAUAUAUGGAAAGAUACUGGGAAACAAAGGCAUGGAAGAUGAAACAAAAGUUUCAGAAAAGCCAUAUGAAGGGGGCACAUGCAAUUCACAGAUAUGCACUUGGACUCCCCUGCAGAUCCUGAAUGAUAGUUCAGAUAUUCUGUUUCCUGUCAGUGCUGUUGAUCCUUACUCCCAGAUUGGUAACCUGGAGAAUGGAGAUGGGCAUGAAAGUGCUGUUCUUACAGUAGAACUGGCUCAGAGAGGAUCUGAACUUCCUUAUAGAGUGGAUGUCAGUCCUCCUGUUCAAGUGAAUGCUUUAAGCAAUAUGUUGCCUUCAGCCACUGUGCCAGAAUCAAUGACAAUUAAUGAACUUCGGCAAGCUAUUGUGGCCAUGAUGAACAGAAAGGAUGAGCUCGAAGAACAGAACAGAUCUCUGCGAAACCUGCUUGAUGGAGAGAUGGAACAUUCUGCACUACUCCGGCAAGAAAUUGAAAACUUGAGAAGGAAAGUAGCAGAGCAUGAGGAGCGACAUGCAGCAAAGAUCCAGGCCUUGGCAAGGGAGAAUGAAGUGCUGAAAGUACAACUCAAGAAGUAUGUAGGAGCUGUCCAGAUGCUGAAAAGAGAAGGUCAAACAGCAGAAGUUCUGCCAAACCUUUGGAAUGUUGAUGGGGAAUUUACCAUACCUGAGCAAAAGCAAGUAGAAAACAACGAGGAACUAGCAAACUCCUAUGAAAGAAAACUGAUUGAGGUGGCAGAAAUGCACGGGGAGCUUAUAGAAUUCAAUGAGCGACUACACCGUGCUUUGAUGGCUAAAGAAGCUCUUGUAUCCCAAAUGAGGCAGGAACUCAUUGAUUUGAGAGGGCCAGUCCCUGGGGAUUUGAGUCAGACAUCUGAAGACCAGAGUUUGUCAGAUUUUGAAAUAUCAAAUCGUGCCCUUAUUAAUGUUUGGAUUCCCUCAGUCUUUCUACGAGGAAAAGCUGCUAAUGCAUUCCAUGUUUACCAAGUAUAUAUCAGAAUAAAAGAUGAUGAAUGGAAUGUUUAUCGAAGAUAUGCAGAAUUCAGAAGCUUGCACCACAAGCUACAGAAUAAAUACCACCAAGUAAGGACCUUUAACUUCCCACCAAAAAAAGCCAUUGGAAACAAGGAUGCAAAGUUUGUUGAGGAACGACGCAAACAGCUACAAAAUUACUUACGGAAUGUUAUGAACAAAAUUAUUCAAACUGUGCCAGAAUUCACAGUUAGCCCCAAAAAAGAGACUCUUAUUCAACUGAUGCCCUUUUUUGUGUAAGUAUGUGUCUAAUAGACAUGCAGUACUCAACAAAAUGUUAAGCCUUUUUCUUCGCAGUUUAACUUAAAAUGUAAUGCGUUACCACUGAACUCUCCAUUUUAUUAUAGAAAGAACCCCACUAACACGACAAAAGCUUUUGAUAUG